AUGAGGGAGCUGCCGUUGUCCCAGGAGGCGACUGUGGAGCUGAGCUGUGGAGCAGGGCCACUGCGGGUGAUCCUGGGCCCAGAGCAGGCUGCGCUGCUGGACUGUAGUCUGGGUGCUGCCGCUGCCGGACCCCCGACCAGCAUCACGUGGAGCAAGGAUGGAGGUGCCCUGCCGGAGCACGACUACCUGCGCCUGCUACCCAAUGGCUCGCUGUGGCUGUCCCAGCCGCUAGCACCCAAUGCCAGUGACGAGGCAGCCCUGGGGGUCUCCAAGGUCAUUGAGGGCAGCUAUUCCUGCCUGGCCCAUGGUCCCCUUGGAGUGGUGGCUAGCCAGGCUGCGGUGGUCAAGCUUGCCACACUCGCAGGCUUCUCUCUGCACCCGGAGUCUCAGACGGUGGAGGAGAACGGGACAGCUCGAUUUGAGUGCCACAUUGAAGGGCUGCCAGCACCCAUCAUUACUUGGGAGAAGGACCAGGUGACAGUGCCUGUGGAGCCUCGGCUCAUCACUCUUCCCAACGGGGUCCUCCAGAUCCUGGACGUUCAGGAGAGUGACGCAGGCUCCUACCGCUGCGUGGCCACCAAUUCAGCCUGCCAGCGCUUCAGCCAGGAGGCCCUACUCAGCGUGGCCAGCAGAGGGUCCCUGGCAUCCACCAGGGGGCAGGACGUGGUCAUUGUGGCAGCCCCCGAGAACACCACAGUGGUGUCUGGCCAGAGUGUGGUGAUGGAAUGUGUGGCCUCGGCUGACCCCACCCCUUUCGUGUCCUGGGUCAGACAGGAUGGGAAGCCCAUCUCCACGGAUGUCAUCGUCCUGGGCCGCACCAACCUCCUGAUCGCCAGCGCGCAGCCCCGGCACUCUGGCGUCUACGUCUGCCGCGCCAACAAGCCCCGCACGCGCGACUUCGCCACCGCCGCCGCCGAGCUCCGCGUGCUGGCGGCCCCUGCCAUCUCGCAGGCGCCCGAGGCGCUGUCGCGGACGCGGGCCAGCACGGCGCGCUUCGUGUGCCGCGCGUCCGGGGAGCCGCGGCCCGCGCUGCGCUGGCUGCACGACGGGGCGCCGCUGCGGCCCAACGGGCGCGUCAAGGUGCAGGGCGGCGGCGGCAGCCUGGUCAUCACGCAGAUCGGCCUGCAGGACGCCGGCUACUACCAGUGCGUGGCUGAGAACGGCGCGGGCACGGCGUGCGCCGCCGCGCCGCUGGCCGUAGUAGUGCGCGAGGGGCUGCCCAGCGCCCCCACCCGGGUCACGGCCACGCCGCUGAGCAGCUCCGCCGUGCUGGUGUCCUGGGAGCGGCCCGAGCUGCACAGCGAGCAGAUCAUCGGCUUCUCCCUCCACUACCAGAAGGCACGGGGCAUGGACAAUGUGGAAUACCAGUUUGCAGUGAACAACGACACCACAGAGCUACAGGUUCGGGACCUGGAACCCAACACGGAUUAUGAGUUCUACGUGGUGGCCUACUCCCAGCUGGGGGCCAGCCGCACCUCCACCCCAGCGCUGGUCCACACACUGGAUGAUGUCCCCAGCGCAGCACCCCAGCUCUCCCUGUCCAGCCCCAACCCCUCGGACAUCAGGGUGGCGUGGCUGCCCCUGCCUCCCAGCCUGAGCAAUGGGCAGGUGGUGAAGUACAAGAUAGAGUACGGUUUGGGAAAGGAAGACCAGAUUUUCUCCACUGAGGUGCCAGGGAAUGAGACACAGCUUACGCUGCACUCGCUUCAGCCCAAUAAGGUGUAUCGAGUACGGAUUUUGGCUGGCACCGGGGCCGGCUAUGGGGCCCCCUCCCAGUGGAUGCAGCACAGGACGCCCAGUAUGCACAACCAGAGCCACGUCCCUUUUGCCCCUGCAGAGUUGAAGGUACGGGCAAGGAUGGAGUCCCUGGUCGUGUCGUGGCAGCCACCCCCUCACCCCGCCCAGAUCUCUGGCUAUAAACUGUACUGGCGGGAGGUGGGGGCUGAGGAGGAGGCCGAUGGUGAGAGCCCCCCAGGGGGCCGUGGAGACCAGGCUUGGGAUGUGGGGCCUGUCCGGCUCAAGAAGAAAGUGAAGCAGUAUGAGCUGACCCAGCUAGUCCCUGGCCGGCUGUAUGAGGUGAAGCUUGUGGCAUUCAACAAACAUGAGGACGGCUAUGCAGCAGUGUGGAAGGGCAAAACGGAGAAGGCUCCCACACCAGAUCUGCCCAUCCAGAGGGGGCCACCGUUGCCCCCCGCCCAUGUCCACGCAGAGUCAAACAGCUCCACAUCCAUUUGGCUUCGGUGGAAAAAGCCAGACUUCACCACAGUCAAGAUUGUCAACUACACUGUGCGCUUUAGUCCCUGGGGGCUCAGGAACGCCUCCCUGGUCACCUAUUACACCAGCUCUGGAGAAGACAUCCUCAUUGGCGGGCUGAAGCCGUUCACCAAAUACGAGUUUGCCGUACAGUCCCACGGCGUGGACAUGGAUGGGCCUUUCGGCUCCGUGGUGGAGCGCUCCACCCUGCCUGACCGGCCCUCGACACCCCCAUCCGACCUGCGCCUGAGCCCCCUGACACCGUCCACUGUUCGGCUGCACUGGUGCCCCCCCACGGAGCCCAAUGGCGAGAUCGUGGAGUAUCUGAUCCUGUACAGCAACAACCACACCCAGCCCGAGCACCAGUGGACUCUGCUUACCACAGAGGGGAACAUCUUCAGUGCUGAGGUGCAUGGGCUCGAGAGCGACACUAGGUACUUCUUCAAGAUGGGGGCGCGCACAGAGGUUGGGCCAGGGCCCUUCUCUGGCCUGCAGGAUGUGAUCACCCUCCAGGAGAAGCUCUCAGACUCCUUGGACGUGCACUCAGUCACGGGCAUCAUCGUGGGCGUCUGCCUGGGCCUUCUCUGCCUCCUGGCUUGCAUGUGUGCUGGCCUGCGCCGUGGCCCCCACAGGGAGGCCCUCCCAGGCCUGUCCUCCACGGCCACCGCUGGGAACCCUGCGUUGUACUCCCGAGCCCGCCUUGGCCCCCCUAGUCCCCCAGCUACCCAUGAACUGGAGUCCCUUGUGCACCCUCAUCCCCAAGACUGGUCCCCCCUGCCCUCAGACAUUGAAGACAGAGCUGAAGUGCACAGCCUUAUGGGUGGUGGCGUUUCGGACUGCCGGGGUCACUCUAAGAGAAAGAUCUCCUGGGCUCAGCCAGGUGGGCCGAUCUGGGCAGGCUCCUGGGCAGGCUGUGAGCUGCCCCAGGCAGGCCCCAUGCCUUCUCUGACCCGGGCCCUGCUGCCCCCUGCGGGAACUGGGCAGACGCUGUUGCUGCAGGCUCUGGUGUAUGAUGCCAUAAAGGGCAAUGGGAGGAAAAAGCCGCCCCCAGCCUGCAGGAACCAGGUGGAGGCUGAAGUCAUUGUCCACUCUGACUUCAGUGCAUCCGCAGGGAACCCUGACCUCCACCUCCAAGACCUGGAACCUGGGGAUCCCCUGCCUUUGGAGUCUCCUGACCUCACUUCGGGUGUUGUGGAUCUAGGGCAGGGGGCAGACUGGCUGGACAGGGAGCUGGGAGGGUGUGGGCAAGCAACCACUGGGCCAGACAGACUUACCUGCCUGCCAGAGGCAGCCAAUGCUUCUUGCCCCUACCCAGACCUCCAGCCCAGUGAGGCUCUGGAGGAGGCCCCUGGGAACAGCUGCCAGCCAAAGGCCCCUUGCCCUCUAGGAGCCAGCCCAGGGCUGCCAAGAGCCCCAGUCUCCUCUGCUUAGCUCUCCCAGAGGGUAUGGUUUGGGGCAGGCUGGUAUGGAUCACAUGACACGUGCGGCCAUGCAUGUACACGUGUGUGCCUGCAGAUACUGAACAUCAUCAAGCCAUUUGGAGCCUCCUAGGGUGCUCUGGCUGAGGGGAGAGGAAGAAAUGGAUUAUUCACUCUCCCCCAUACUCUGUGACACAUGUGCUAUGUGAGAGACGUGUGAGGCACAGCUGUACGUGAUAUACACAUGUGUGAAACACAUGUGUGUGUGCUGGUUGAUGAGCUGGAAAACGUUACUCCAGGCAGUGGUCACUACAGCCUCAUUGAUCCUCCAGGUCAGGACAGUGCCCCAGAGUGGUCAGUUCCCAGCCCUGUGGGACCCCCACCUCCAUCACCCACCUUUUAUUACACACUCUGAGAGUGUCUCCAAUGCCCUGUCUACGAAGACAGCCCCAGCCCACUUUCCUGUCUGGCUGGGCUGAGUGCAAGUAGGCUCUGAAUGCCUAAGUUUUAGUUGCAUCAUCUCCCAUCUCCCAUAUCCCCAUUGCCCAAAUUGAGAGGGUGACUCUGGCUCCCCUCAGAGCAACUCUGCAUUUCACUUUGUAAUUUGGGAAGUGCCUGGUUUUGAAAGUCUGCUUUCUCUUGCUCUCCCCUCCUCCCCUUCCCUUCACUACUCUACUGGUCUAUCUCCCAAUUAACUUGUUCUCCCAAUUCCAGAGCCCGUCUCCCCCUCCCUGAUACUCUUUCCUGUCCUGUCCGCUGUUUCUCUGUCUCUGCUGUCUCUCACACCUCUCCCCCACUGUCUUGUGGUUCUCCUGCCUGGGUUCAGUCUCUGCGUCCUUCCCUAACAACAUGGCUACCUCAUGUCUGCUUCCAGGAGGCGGCCGUGGCUCCCAUGUCCGCUGUUCACUUCACCAUCAUCUUCCUGCCCCCUCUUCUCUCUGUGCCUCUUCUGCCCCCUCCCCAGCAGACUGCCUACCCCCAGUGCAAGUUUAGAAAAGACCUUCCAGCUUCCCUUGCAUCUUUCUCCCUGGGACUGAGAUAGGAAUGUUCUCCUUGGAGGUGACGAAUCCAAGUCACAUGAGAUUUUUGAGACAGGGAAAGGGGAAUGUGACCCAGAGGCUCAGGAUAAAAUUCCUCCCUCCCUUCUGUGCAGGGAGGCAGGUUUGCUGGAUGGAGGGGUUUGGGACCUUCCUUCCCGGCUGAAGCUAACUGGGGAGAAGGGGAGUGGGAAUUAGGGGUGCCACAGCCCAGCUGCUUCCUACUCUGUGCUCCUUGAACAUGAGCUGAUGGGGUGGGGGUGAGAGGAAUCUCGUCUUCUGGGUGCUGGAAGGGAGGUCUUUGCAAAGGACAAGGGUCGUUGGCUCAUUUCAUUUUGUUUUUUCUUUAAAUUCAAUCCUGAAGUCAUUUUCUGUUGACGUGCCACACAAGGACAAGCUUGACUUCUAUUUCCUGUGUAGAGAAAACAAUGUCAUUUAUUUGAUUUUGCACCUCAGCCUCUCCUAGGAGCAUGGAAUGUGGGGUCUUUUCUCCCUAAAUGCCAUCUUUUUAACUGAUCGGCACAUCAAGGGUUAACUCUGGCUUCUGGGCCAAAUUAGAAAUAACCAGUCUAUCUUUCCCUUUUUUUUUUUUCAUAUGGUGAACUGUCUCUCAGCGGAGUUGCAGCUUCCUCAGACCCUUUCGGCAUCUGUGUUUAUUACACUCGGAUGUCACUCACUUUUGACAUCCGCACCUACGUCUCCUCCCCUCCCCCUCCUUCAGCCAGCCUAUAACACUAAAGAUUAUUAAUGUUGGUUUUGUAUCUCGUUAAGGACAGAACUGUCACUUGUACUCUUCUGUAGCAUUCAGCGUUGCUGUGGCUAACACCACUGUAUAUGUUUCAUCAUUGCUCUGAAGGUCAAAAGCCUCG